CUCCGUAGUGUUAUUAUUCCUCUUUCUGAACAUGGAGUCUUUAAACUGGACGAGCUGUUUUAUAGACCCAAUUAUUUAUGUUUAGUGUAAAUGCUAGGUAGCACAGAGGUGAACCAUGCUCAAGAUUUAGACAUUUCCGUCUGAAUUAAGUGACGAAGAAUAUUAUUUGCGCAGAUUUCUGAAAAAUAUAUCCCAUGCGAUUGGACAGGAAUGUUCCUGGCAAAUGACAAGCAACGAAGAUAACAAUCUGUGAUUUACGAAGCAUUGCAAUUAAGCAAAUGUGUGCAAUUCAGACUCGAGUGCUAAACGAGCUUUCUUUCAUGUUUGUGAACUCCGUUUAAAGCGAGGCACCUAGACAUACAGUUUAUAAUGAGUGAGAUGUUGUCUCUGAGCCCCGUUCCGUUGGAGCAAGCCGUCCUGGAGACUUUCUUUUCCCAAUUGGGGAUCUUUUCCUUCGACAGGGCCAAAGACUAUGUCGAGAAAGAGAAAGAUGGCAGCAAGAGCGUUGGAGCUAGCUGGUCGUCUCUGUUGGCGGCACUGGCGCAUCUGGCCGCCGCCGAGAAAGCCUAUCACAACAUGACCUUUCUGGGGCAGAAACUGGGUGGCCAGUCUUUUUUCAGCCGCAAGGACUCCAUCAGAACCAUCUACACCUCCCUACACAACGAACUGAAGAAGGUGGCAGCCACGGGCCGCAACGCAGUCGGGGGGACUGCCCCCUACCUGGAGGAGCUGCUGUCUCACCUGUCUGAGCAGCUCUGUUUUUUCAUCCAAGCCCGGAUGGAAAUCGCCGACUUCUACGAGAAGAUGUACUCCCUGAGCAGCCAGAAAUCCAUCAACUCGGACGAAGUGGUGAGCACGCUGGAGUCUGUGCUCCAGAAGUACAGUUCAAGGUUCCACCACCCGAUAUUGAGCCCUCUGGAGAGCAGUUUCCAGGUGGAGGUGGACGUGCUGACCCAGCUGCUGAAGUGCCAGGCGGAGAUCUCCGAGUGGAAGUUCCUGCCCUCCCUGCUCAACCUGCACUCGGCCCACUCCAAGCUGCAGAGCUGGGGCCUGGUCUUCGAAAAGCAGCGGGAGACCCGGAAGCACCUGUUCGGGGGGCAGGUGCAGAAGACCGUGCAGCCCCCCCACCUCUACCUGUGGCUCCUGAAGCUGAAAAACGGCCUGCUGGCCAAGUUCAGCUUCUACUUCCACGAGGCCCUGAGCCGCCAGACCACCCUGUCGGAGAUGAAGGCGCUGACGGCCAAGACCAGCCCGGACUACUUCGGCAAGAUCUCCGGCUUCAUCCGCAAGUACGACGCCAUCAACGUGUCGCUCAUCUUUGACAACCGGGGCUCGGAGAGCUUCCAGGGCCAUGGGUAUCACCACCCACAUUCGUACAGGGAAGCCCCCAAGGGUGUGGACCAGUACCCGGCCGUGGUGUCUCUGCCCAGCGACCGGCCCGUCACGCACUGGCCCAACGUCAUUAUGAUCAUGAGCAACCGAGCCACCGACCUGAACACGCUGGACAAGGUGGUGCAUUUCUACGACGACAAGGUUCAGAGCACCUACUUCCUGACGCGGCCAGAGCCCCAUUUCACCAUUAUCGUCAUCUUCGACUCCAAAAAGUCUGAGAAAGACUCCCACUUAGUCUCCUUCCUGCAAGAGCUCUCUAGCUCCCUGAAGAACUCCAAACCCUUCGCAAGUUUAAAACCAGGGUCAAAGGGCUAACUUGCAAUGGUGUCAGAGAACAUGGCUGCUGUUGGUCCUGUGAUGUGUUCUUUACACUUGGAAAUAAGUUAUGAGAACAUUGCAGUUCCUAUGAGCCUAAUAGAUUGCUCUUAAUAUCAUUUUGAUCUUUGACUUUGAUUUUCCUGUCUCAGAACUCAGACGUUUCCUUAAGCUAACAAGUGUGACGAUAGAGCUGAUUUUCAGGUUCAAAAUCACAUUUAGGGCAUGGUGAUGCAUUGUAGAAUGGGGUUUAUUGUAAGAAAGCCAAAUAAAGUUCAAACUUUAAAAAGCAAUGCGGGGUCAUUUAGGGCUUUGGAACGCCACAGGAAUUAGAAAACAAUCCACAAUCGCAGGUUGGGCUUAACCUUCAGAGAAGCUUCUGCACAGAGCAAGAGAGGAGAUGAAGCCAUCAUUUGGUUUAAAAUAUUUGGUUAUUUCACUGAAGGAUGAUGACUGUGGAGGGUUGGUGACUGAAACAAUAAGUAUGUCGUAGACAGAGAACCAGUUUUCCAAAGAGACCUAGCAGAGUGCAUUUAUGCAAUGUAUGAUCUUAUUUGUUGAUAAUAUGCAGCAAAUCUUUUUCAGUGUCUUGUAUCUCUUAGUAGAAGACUAAUUGUGAAUGCAUUUCUUUCCCACACACAUUUGCUUGUAUAUCUAUAUCAGACCAAGUUGUCUUUACUUCAUUUUUUUGUAUAGGGUUAAUAGGCCUAUGUACAUUAUACAUUUGUAAAGUGUAAAUUAAAAUAAA